ACAUGUCAAGUUGUAUUGUCACCAUUUAUUUAAUUUUUUUAUUUUUAUAAAUAUCAGUAAGAUAACAAGUAACAAUUAUUAUUAAAAAUCAAUAAGACUAAACAGAUAUUUAAUUAAUGACAAUUAUAUUAUAAGGAAAUAAAAUGCCACCAAAAUUUAAGCCGGGAGGAAAAAGAUUUCCACCAAAGGUAACCCCUAAGUCUUACCCACCGCAGAUUUUCCCCGAAGAUCCAGCACCAAGUAAUUCAUCAAGCGGUCUAGAUGAAGAAUCUGAAAACAAGUUUGAGCUGGAACUUUGCUGGUGUAUACAGCAACUAGAAUUAGGGAUCCACAGUGGAAAAUUAAAAGAAAAGCAGCUGAGAGAUACUCAAAAAAAUUUAAACUUAUUGAAAAGCAGUAGUGUUGCUUUGGUACAAAAAAGACAGCUCAUGAGAAGUACUUUUGGAGAUUACCGUGCAAAGAUGGUUGAGGAAGAGAAAAAACUAGGAAGAUCCGUAGCUAAAGUUAAAUUUUCAGCUGCUAAAGCGGCGGAAAAUAAGUCAGUCUUCUUGAGAAAGUCUCAUUGCUCGGAUCAAGAACCGUCGACGUCAUCCAUCAGUCAAAAUGGAGCACAAGUUAACGGGUCUGGUCCUAGUCUGUCGUCUUUAUUUAGUAAAAAAACAGACAGUCAACCUUUUACAUUUAAUUUCCAAAACUCUGAAACUUGAAAAUAAAAUUUUAUCGUUUUCACAUUUAUAAA